AUGUCACAAAAACACCUGAAAGAAGCCUUCGUCAGCAACUUAAAUGGAACCAGUUUGCUGGAAAUUUCAGUAGGCUUGUCUCUAGCUCCCCUCUGCCUGCUUUGCAGGGGACUCCUCUUGAUUUUAUAUUAUGUGCACUAUGGGAAACCUUUACGUUCAAGGAAAUACAACCUGCUGCUAGACUUCCUUGUGCUAGUAUCUCCUCUCCUGUUCUCCUGUACAGUCUUGUCUCCAAUCAUCUUUUUCAUGCCAGCUAUCAUUGCAGCCUUCUGUGCUGGAAUAUUUUGGAAAAUAUACAGCCAAAGAAAGCAUGACACCAGAGUGCCUUUUAGGCAAAUUGUAAAAGACUUCCAGGAGACAUACUUGGAUCCAGAAUACAUUCCAGCAAUAACUGUGUUUCGCGUUUAUGUCAGCGUGUUGACAUCAAUCAGCAUUUUAGCGGUGGAUUUCCCACAGUAUCCAAGGCGAUAUGCCAAAACUGAGACCUAUGGAACAGGAGUUAUGGAUUUUGGGGUUGGAGCUUUUAUUUUUGGCAAUGCUCUCGUUUGCCCUGAAGUUAGACAAAAGUCUUACGUGGCACAACCCAAAUUUUCCAAUCUGGCCAGGCAGUUGUUUUCCGUUUGGCCGUUGAUUUUUCUUGGCGUUGGACGACUGCUUAGUGUUAAGUCUAUAGAGUAUCACGAACAUACUUCAGAGUAUGGCGUGCACUGGAAUUUUUUCUUUACCUUGGCAUUUGUGAGGCUUGCAGCAUCUCUACUUUUGGCCAUAUUUCCAAAAAAUAAUUCUUGGAUCGUUGCUAUAAAUCUCGCUGUACUUUAUCAGCUUAUUCUUAACACUACCUCUCUGAAGACGUUUAUCUUGCACGGGAGCAACGGCAGAGACACUAGGGUUGGCUUUUUAAACGCCAACAGGGAAGGACUGCUCUCUCUCUUUGGAUAUCUAGCCAUAUAUAUGGCGAGCGUCCAAGUGGGACUCUGUCUGCUGAAGUGCAGAAACUCAGUCAAAGGCUGGAUUGAAGCAGCGUGUCGCUCGCUGCUGACAGUUCUCGUGCUCUUCGUAUUUCUUCACGUGUCGCAAGCGUAUGCGGACCCUGUGUCCCGCCGGAUGGCUAACCUAUCCUACUGCAUAUGGGUGGUCGCUCACUGUCUGACUUUCUUUAUCUUUUUUGUAGUGACUGAUCUCACGUUGGUGUUCACAAAGCUGCUCGUGAAGGGCUCCAGCGUGCCCUGUUGCUGGAAUGUUGUAAAGGCCCCUAAUUCCAGCACAAAACGUGAGACAGAGGCCGUGCCUAUCGGAAGGGAAGGCAAGCUGUCGCACAUUUGCCUGAUUAGUGCUAUUAAUAAAAAUCAAUUACUGUUUUUCUUGCUAGCAAAUGUUAUGACCGGUACUGUGAAUAUACUGAUAGAUACAAUCCACAGCAAGACUGCAUUUACAUUAUGUAUACUACACUUGUAUAUGUUUUUUAACUGUUCAGUUAUGUAUAUAUUGCAUGCCAAAAAUAUAGUAUUAAAGUUUUGGUGA